AUGAUUACCAGGGACAUUGGACGACACUGGUCGGACUUGAGACCUCGUCCGUCUGCAGUGUCUGGUUUGCAUGGACUAGCCUCGACGCUUGAUGCAGUGAGAAAUGCAACGGAGGUCGUGGGCGAUCAGAUGCUUGCAUUGCAGGAUUUUGGCCUGGAGAGAAACGGAGGGAUGUCGCUCUCUUGUUCCCAAUACACCGGCUCAUGGAAUGACCCUCUGUUUGGCGCCGAAAGCGCCUUCAUUAGUCAACACAGUACACCGACCUUGAACUCGCACAAUCUAUCUCCUGUCUCGCUGUCGAGCGGGCGGGGCGACUCCAUCGCGAUGCCGUUGGGCUAUGGCUGUCCGACCAGGUCGUCCAGCGUAUGCUCGUCCUGGGCUGUGUCGACUGCCGGAUCUGAUAGCGAUUCGUCGAUCGCAUCCGAUGAAGAGCAAGAAGAUACACCGGCUAGGAUGGAGGAGAGAAGUUCGAGUGUCGUAAAUGCAGCUGCUCGCGGCCCCUGUAGCAAGACCUGGUCUCUUCCACCGAGAACUCGACGAAAGCGAAAGGUCGCAGCAGAAGAGUCGACGAAGAAGAAGCACCGAAAGUCUUGUAGCACCCGCCGCCGUGGUCCGUUUAAAGAUGACCGCAAACGCCAAAACACAGCCCUUACAAGGAUUCUGAAAGGUUGCAUUAGAUGUCGAAUGAUGCGAAUAAGGUGUGAACCAGAUAACACAAAUCUUGGCGGUGACUGUAUCACUUGCCAACGAGCACAUCAAUCAAAGGCUCCUAGUAUUCGGAAACUUCCUUGCCUCCGAUGGAUCAUCACCGACGUAUCAUUGUAUCGAGAACAGGACAUGCCUUGCCAACUUUUCAGUCAACGGUGGCAGAGUAUGGACCUCAUCGACAUCACGGAGUGGGCAUCAUCCGAGGUUAAGACAAUAACGCUAUCGCAAAUCCACGUCGAUGCCCCAUAUAAUGUGCAAGUGAGGCAGUUCAUCCCAGCUGAGGGUGAUAUGUUGGAAUCAACAUGGGUGUCGGGAAAUUGUGUUCAACGGCAUAGGAUGCCACAGUAUGCGCUGGCUAGUAUGGAGAGUGCCGCGGAAGUGCUGAAGUGGUUGACCUCCAAGUACGUGGGCCAGUACAUCCUGGGGACGGUCGGGGAUCUAGACCGAUUGAUCUGGGACACCUACUUCUUUGCCUUUCGUUAUCAGGCAAAAGCAAACCAUCCACGGGAAAAAGUCCUGAUUGAGGAUUGCCUGAAGUUCUGGGUCGGUUGCCGUAAAAUCAGCAACCCAGAACACAUAUACUCUUAUGAAAUAAUUGGGGGCACGCCAGUGAAUGACUACAAUAGCCCUUUCCAUGCAAUGGUACCAAUGCCCGGUAUCAUGAUAGCUCAAAUGGAAUGCAUCAUGUAUACAAGGAUUCUCCGCCCUCUCAGCAACAAAGUGCUGUCGGGCUUGAAGGACCUAAUCAUGGAGAACAAACGUGAGCAUUGGCUGACCAUUUAUUUGACUCUGUUCAUCUUGCUCCACAGCUGUGCGAUGUUGACAAGGCGGGAUUGGGAGACAGCUCGCGAAUACUCCCUGCAGGAUGGCUAUGCCAACCUCGUCAGCAUACAAGGGAUGCAGUCGGGUAUGCGAACGAUGUUGGCUCACUUCCACUACCUGAACAAGGGCGUUCUGCCAUUUCACCUAACAUAUGACGAGAAAGCUUUACGAAACUUGGCACUCGCUGCUGAUUUGGACAGCGAUGAGCUCGAAUUUGUCAAAAAGACCUCCGAGCUCGUCAACGACCCUGCUCGAAUGGCGCGCAUGGCCGAAAUUCGAGCAAAUAGGGAAUAUGGCAACGAUCUGUACUGGGUUUCACAAUUGUAUGAUCUCGAAUGGGUGCCGGGGCCAACUGCUUAG